GCCAUGGAGCCCGAAACCCGGAAGUGGUGAGGAAAGGCCGCCUGAGUCGGAGAAAGGGCCGCUGCCGCCUCGGGUGAAAUGGUGGUUUCGCUGGCUCGGCCGGCGCUUCCCCGCUAUGUCUCAGAGCCCCGACGAGGCCGCCGCGGAGCGGGAGCUGGCAGAGGACAGUCUUUCUGCAAUGACGUUUGAAUCUGACACAGAAACGAAACUGAAGAAGAAAACAUCUCGCAAGCCUCCAAAAUCACCAAAGUCUCCAUACAACUCUAGCACAUGUUUCCAUUCUAAAAAGGCUGGAUUUCUGAGAACCAUGAAGGGCACAGACAGUAAGCACUUUGAAAUCCCCUUGGUUAAAGCAUCAAGGCAGCUGUGGCACGGAUCGUUCAAGCAAGGUGCUUGGAUGAACCAGACGAAGUCGGACCCUGACGUGGGUCCUGUGCUGACUGCUCUCCCUGGCGGCACACCUGAGUAUCUGAAGGAAGCUUUGGGCAUGAAGAAGCCAAAACACGCUCGCUCUGCCAGCAGCGGCUACAUCCCUGGAACUCCAGACUACAAAGAAAAAGAAGAUAUGUAUGAUGAGAUAAUUGAAUUAAAGAAGACAAUACAAGCCCAGAAAAAUGAAGCAGAUCGGAUGAAAACCAAGCUUCGGCGUCUCGAAGAGGAAAAUAACCGAAAGGACAAACAGAUUGAACAGCUGCUGGAUCCCUCCAGGUGGUCUGAAUUUGGCUGGGCACGGACAGAGCAGAAAAAUGAUACCAGCUCGAUGCUCAACGGAUUGAAGCAGAAGAUCCUCAAACUGGAGCAGCAGUGCAAGGAGAAAGACAACACUAUUAACAAACUCCAGACAGAUGUGAAAAGUACUAAUGUGGAAGAAAUGAAAAUUGCCCUACAGACCUAUUACGAGGAGAUCCAGCGACUCCAAACCCUACUGGCAAAAUCGAAGACCAUGCAACGAAAGUCCCCUCCGGAGAGCAAACAGCAGAAGGUGCUCAACGCUGCCAUCCUGCAGUUAUCUAGGAGCAUCAAAGAGCUGCAGGAUGAGAACCGGAAGCUGAAAGCAGACCUAGAGCACGCGAUGAGCAGCUCCCCUGCCUCAGGCAGAGCAAAGAAUUACACUGAGUGGAGCAGACAGAGGUUGGUUCGGCGGAUUUCAAGGCUGGAGAAAAAAAUGGAUGAGAUGCAGAAUGGCAGGCUUUCAGAAACUAGCACUUCACCGUUGCUUGCCCAGUUGAAUCAGUCAGCUGCUAAGGAAGGUGACCCUCCAGAAGAACGUGAGCGUCUUCGCAGACUAGUGAACAAGCUGAAAAGCCAAAGGGACAUCCUUCAGAACCAACUGGCUGCUAAAGAGGAAGAAAUCCAGAAGCUGACAGAGAAGGUGGGAGAACUGGAGGGAAACCAAGAAGCAAACUGUAGGCUGGCUGGAAUUGAUGCCACAGAACCUCCCAACCAGGGCCCGCAGAAACGUCAGCCCAGCUGGCGACCGUUGAAUCCAGCAUGCAUGCUAAAGUUCAGAAGUUCAGAUUUGGAGUGCUCACCUCCUUGCUCUCCUGAGCAUCACAGAAAGGAACAAGCUGCUCGGGUCAUCCAAAGACAGUGGAAGGCCUACCAAACCAAGAUUGACAGGGCUGCACUGGACGAGGCGGUUGUUGUGCUCCAGGCAGCUUUCAGGGGACACUUGGCUCGGCAGAAACUAUUAUCAAUUAACGCACAAGGUCGAAACACUCCCAGCGUGCCUCGAACAGGACACAAGGCAACUAUCAGGAACUCACUUUCGUCUCAUGGGUCCAGUUCUUCACAAACAGCUGCUGAUUACAAAGCAGAAGAAGAGGCUGUGAGGCUUGUGCAGUCCGUUUUCAGGGCUCACAUGGCACGCACCCACCUUGAGGAAAGGCCCCUGAUCCUUGGUCCUGGAGGUGAGAGAGCAAGCCCAGCAGCUCCUGGCAGUGGAGAGAAGAAGCCAGUCUGGUCUCCAUUCAAAUAUUCGCCUGUAGCAUUCACCUCAGCUGUUCAUGCCACACCCUCCCAUGUUCAGCUGCAGCCCUCUCCCUCGCCAGCUGCGGAUGAAGUUCAGUCGGAUGACUCGGAUGACAUCAUCACGGUGUCUCCAUCACCAGUGAAGAAAACUUCCAUCUCAUGAUUUCACCAGCCAUUUGUCACAUUCUCUGUUGCGUUCCUAGCGUGACAAUGACGGACAUUUUAGUCUUGCUUGGUGAGGUGAAGUUGUCCAGGCUAUGCUCCUCGGCUUAGUUUUUCACAAAGGAGAAAGAGAGAGAAAGAGCUAAAGAUGGUUAAGGCCACAUUUGCAAGGUGAUUCCGAAGGGGCGGGGGGAGAGCCUCUUUUGCAGAUCCCUUUCCCUAUAAUUCACAGGUACUGGCAAAUUCUGCCCCUGCUGGUCCGCGUGGUAGGAAUUCAAACUUGUUUUGGUACCCCCAAGCCAUCUUCGGCUGUUGUUUCUAAGUUAUCCUUUAUUCCCACUUCCCACAGUUCAUGUUUUGUACCCAACUUUUGGCCAUGCUGAUUCACCUUGCAAUUGGACACCCCAAUACAAGGUCCUUAAAAGGUGAGGGUGCCUUCCUUGUAAUAGAUAGUGGUGCCCUUAAACAAACAGUUCUGUGGGGCCAGUGCAUUGGCACGAUUCAACACAGGAACCCUGUGAAUUUCUGAGCUUUGCCUGGUUCUUGAACCAAAAGCAGUUGGAGCUGACUGGUUCAAAGACUCCAGAGCAAAAGAAUAUGUCCAGGAAGGGGAAUGCAACUUGCUGAAAUUGUAGAAGAUGAAGGGGCUAGGAGUCAUGUCUGGUUUUAAGCAUUUUGCUAAGUAAUAUA